GAACCAGUUUUGCAAACCCAUCCGUACGUAUUGGUACGUUCAUACCCACAAAGUUUUGGACGGUGUCUAGGCUUGGGCAUCCUGGCAGUAUCCCGGCCCUCGUGCUUCCUUCAGGUGGCAUGGCAGCUAGACACCGAAACGAUGUUACAGCUGAACGAUUGUUAUUUAAACUGGGUGCGAGAUGGCCGAAGUGGUUAGAGCACGAAUUUACUGACCGAAAGGUCCGUGGUUCGAAUCCGACCUCCGCCUCUCGCCUCCCCCUGUCUAGGCUUGGUAUCCCAGCCCUCGUGUCUCCUAAGCGUGGCAUGGCAGUUUGGCGCCGAAAGGGUGCUACAACUGAACGAUUUUUUCUUUCGGUAGUAAACCCCAAAGUUCGGACGAAAAAAUACCAAUCGCACACGUCAAAAUAUGCGAUACAUU